CCGCAACACAUCUUUGGUACGCACCUUGCCCUGGGAGUACAACAUGCAACACUGGACAUCCCUCUGCAUCUGCACGCCUUUAGCUGGGAGACAAGAGAGACAAACAGAGAAAAAGACAAUGAAGACGAGAUUAUGGCCAAAGCAGAAAACAAGCAAAAACUCCAAAGAUGAGUCUCCAGAGGUGGAAAAACCAGCCAAACCCCUGGCACGUGCCAUCCCACAACUGACCGAAGCAGAGAGAAUGAAGCAGUCUCCGUUCGAGAAGGUCGUCUAUGACAUGGUGCACAAUGAGAAGAUCGUCAACGACCUGAUGAUCGGGCGAAGGGUUGGCUUUUACGAACUGCGAGGAGAGGUCGGACGGGGCAACUUCUCAAUGGUCAGGCUUGGCAUUCAUGCCUUGACCAAAGAGAGAGUCGCUGUUAAAGUCAUGGACAAGGUGCGUCUGGAUAAGAAGAGCCAUCGUUUCACUUUCUCAGAGAUCAGCUGCAUGGAGAAGCUGUGCCACCCCAACAUAGUGCGCCUUUACGAGGUGAUCGAGACCAGCAGGAAUCUGUAUUUGGUGAUGGAGUACGGCAGUGGUGGAGACCUGUUCUCUCGAAUCACCACCAGGGGGAAGCUCAACGACCUGGAAACCAAGCUGGUCUUUGCACAAAUUAUCUCUGCUAUUAAACACAUGCAUGUAAGUAACAUUGUCCACAGAGACAUCAAGCCGGAGAACAUCUUCUACACAACCAGUUACUGUAUCAAGGUUGGUGACUUUGGCUUCAGCACAGAAAGCCGUCCUAAUGAGCUCCUCAGCGACUUCUGUGGCUCUCCACCUUAUGCUGCACCUGAACUUUUUAAGGAAAAAGGCUACAUUGGAUACUAUUCAGACAUCUGGGCCUUGGGGAUUCUUUUAUAUUUCAUGGUGACUGCAACUUUACCCUUUUAUGGGGACAACAUGGGGAGGCUGAAGCGCUGCAUUAUGCAGGGAGCUUACAGCAUCCCUACUUAUGUGCCCAUUGAGUGCCAGCUGGUCAUUAAGGGGAUGCUGCGGCCUGUGCCUGUUGAUCGCUCCUCACUUGCACAGAUUACAGACAGUGCAUGGCUGAGGGGGAUUGAGUACCCUCUACCGUAUGUGCUGUUGUCCCUGUCCCCGGCCCACUUCGCUCAGGCCAACCAGACUCUGUGUGCUGAGGAGCAAGAGGUGAAGAAUUUGCUGUCAGAUCUAGGCAUCGUGACAGUUCAUUUGCAAAACAACCCCUGUGUAGACUCCAGAAGCCCAUUGACGGGGACCUACCGGAUCCUCCUCCAUCAGGUCCAGAAAAGGACAUCAGUGGGAGCUAUAGGUUAUUCUGUGCCUCAGCCUGAUGAGUACACGAGUCCAAACCAGUGGGCUGCAGUAUCUGUGGACAAACACAAUCAUUCUGCAGUCUGUGUUAUACAGUAAUGAGAAAUGGCUGUUCUGGACUGCUACAGCUGUGGCUACACAGGCACUUUAUCACAUACAUGUGUACAUCCAUUUCCCUGCUGACAUCCAUUCACCACAGGCAUUGCGUUACAUGUUUGAGAUCAGACUCGGAAGGUUUGUCUUCUCACAUUUACAGCUCAUAGACUAAGCCACAUGUCUAACGUGAUUAGCUAUGCCUUCCUUUUCUGAUUACAUAAGCAAGAGCGAGUUAAUGACGUAAAACGUUCAUCAAUCACUGAAUAGGCAGGAUCUUCCAAUCCUUCUUAGUCAGAACAUUAAUCUUCUGAACUAAUCCAAGGCCAUAGGAAAUCUUAAAGAGGGAGACACAGUGAACAUGUCUGGUUAGUCGAUAUAAAACUAUGAGGUAAAUUAUAUUCAGAGAGAAUUUAGACAUAAAACAAAGUUAGGACAGAUCAAAUGCAAAUCCAGUCUACUGGUGUUUUAAGUCUUUUGAGUGUGUAUGUGCCACAUCUGCCUACAAUGCCUUCACUGGAUAUAGAACUAUCAGGCAUAACAUUAUAACCACCUUUCUAUAUAUGUUUCUAAUACUGUGUAGGUCUCCCAGCUGGGUAAAACAUUACGUCAGAACACAUUGUAUAACUUAUAAUGCAGUUUUACCUUAAACCAACCACACUGUUUGUUAAUAGCCAUGUAUUGAAGGGGUCAAAUUAUCGUACUUUAUGGGAUUUUUACAAUUAUUGCUUGUACAGAUGGUGAUAUUAUUGUACAAAUACAAGAACUGUCGUACAUCUGGCAACGCUGUUCUGGGUUUGAAUCCAUAGACUGGGGCCUUUCUGUGUGGAGGUUGCAUGUUCUCCCUGUGUCUGCAUGGGUUCUUUCUGGGUACUCCGGCUUCCUCCCAUCAUCCAAAGACAUGCUCUUUAGGUUCAUUUCUGAUUCUAAACUGUGUGUGUGGGAAUGGCUGUCUGUCUCUCCGUACUACAAUGGCCCUGCAAUAGACUGACGACCUGUCCAGGGUGUACCCCGCCUCACGCCCAGUGAACAGUCUGGUCUGGUGUUGGUGGGUGGUACAUGUCCAAUACCAUCCACAUGAAUGCCAGGGCCAAAAGUUUCAUUGAUGUCAUAAGAUGGUCAAUGUCCAGUGAGUGGUUUUAAUAUUAUGGCUGAUCAGCGUAGUUGUAACGUGAACGUUGCACAAUUAUUCCUUGUGGCAGAAACUUGAGCAGACACACUGUUAACUUUCACAGAGCUUUAGUCUAAUUUUAUUUAUUAUCUUUGUAUUAUGCUAAUAUUGUAGAGUCAUUCUUCAUAAAUGCUUUGUGGACACUGGUCUAAAGCUAAUGCCUCUGUAUUAAUAAUGAUAGCUAUGGAUAUAUUCAUACACAUUCAUAUUCAUUUAUAAAAUAAAGUUAUUUUCAAACAA